AUGACUGUCACAGUAAAAUCCGGCCGAAGUGAGCUUUUGCCCAGCCUUCAGGACACCCAGGAAUUCCUGAAUGGUCUGGACCAGCAAAGGGUUAACGGUCCGGCAAAGAACCUUUUCCGGUGGGAUGCCCCGCUGGUGGUUGCACGCGCUCCGGGCCGGCUGGACGUGAUGGGCGGCAUUGCAGACUACAGUGGCAGCCUAGUUUUGCAAAUGCCCAUUAGCGAAGCCGCGCACGUUGCCGUGCAGCUGCAAGACGCAGACGGGGGAUCUCCAGCCACCGUACACAUCAUAUCCAUUCCAGGGCCCGGAGAGGAGGCUCACCGGGCGCCCACAUUCACCUGCAACUCCGAGGACUUGUUUCCCGGCGGCCAACCCCUCGCAUACAACGCGGCACAGACGUAUUUCAAGGCAUCCCCAGCCUCCAGCUGGGCCGCCUAUAUAGCCGGAUGCCUUCUGGUGCUGGCGCGGGAUGGACCCGACGCGUCCACCGUGGCUGCCCGUCUGGCCUGCAGCAGCGUCCGAGUGCUCGUGCAGAGCCGUGUGCCCGAGGGCAAGGGUGUCUCCUCCAGCGCUGCGGUGGAGGUGGCCACCAUGAUGGCUCUGUGCGGGGCCCUGGGGGUGGAGCUGGAGGGGCGCCAGAUGGCAAUUCUGUGCCAGCGUGUGGAGAACCUGGUGGUGGGGGCGCCGUGCGGCAUCAUGGAUCAGAUGGCCUGCACUCUGGGCCGUCAACACUCCCUCCUGGCGCUGCUGUGUCAGCCCGCUGAGGUCGAGGGCACGGUGGAAAUACCGGAGCACGUCGCGGUGUGGGGCGUUGACAGUGGCAUCCGCCACAGCGUGGGUGGCUCCGACUACGGCAGUGUGCGAGUGGGCGCAUUCAUGGGCCUGCGUAUCGCAAGCAGCAGCGGCAAGGAGUCGGACGAUGUUGGACCGCCGCCUGCCGGCUGGGGCGGCUACCUGGCGCGGCUCACUCCGAGCCAGCUGGCGCAGCGUUUCGCUGGAAUACUGCCAUCGUCAAUCAAGGGCUCGGAGUUCCUCCGCCGCUACACCUCUCACUACGACUCCAUUACCUCCAUCAACCCAGACAAGGAGUAUGCGGUGCUCCAGCCGGCUUCCCACCCCGUCCAGGAGCAUUUCCGGGUCAAAACCUUCAAGCAGGCGCUUCAGCUGCCGCCAGGGCCGGAGCAGCUCGAGUUGCUUGGAGAACUAAUGUUCCAGAGUCACGCGAGCUACAGCGGCUGCGGUCUCGGAUCAGAUGGCACUGACAGGCUGGUUGCCUUGGUCCGUGAAGAGCUGGAUGCGUCGCGCGCACGGGGUGGAAAAGGGGGCCCGCUCUGGGGUGCUAAAAUUACAGGCGGCGGAUGCGGUGGAACAGUGUGCAUUCUUGGGGAAGCCGGGCCUGAGGGCGAUGCGGCGGUGCAACGGGUCGUGGAAGCUUACGCGCGCGAACGAGGUGUCGACGCCUUGACUGUGAAGGUGUUUCGCGGAUCGUCGCCCGGGGCAGCCGAGGUUGGGCCCAUAACCAUCCUAUUAGAUUAGGCCUAGGUGCAUCUUGCGACCGAGUUACGCCACUUUUUGUGACUUGGGAGAGGUGAUCAUCCCCACAAUACCGUGUUACAACGUGCGCUUAAAAUUGUUAUGUUAUCGAUGAAUUGCUUUACGCAAGCAUUGAAGUUUGUGUUAUGCAUAACAGUACUUUUUGCAGUGACUUUUCCUCUUCUGCCUCUGUUGGUCCGGAUAAAGCCGUACAUUCUGAGGACUCUUUUCCGCUGACGUGGCUAUUACAGCGAGGCCAUAACUAACUGUGCUUGUGCGGAUAUUUUAUAAUAUUCUUAUUGUUUGCAAUAAGGUGCUCAUUCUCAUCUAGACUGCCGUCUUGACUUUUAAGAAUUUUUCCACUACGUCCUGUGUGAGCCCUAGUUUUGAGUGUUUCGGCCUUUGGAGCCCCACCAAACAUGCAACCAUCCUUGCCAACCGUGGUGAUGGGCCGAUCGCCGGGUCUUUCACGGACCGGAGUCAGCGCGCCGACGGGGCGCCUGGGCAUUACGCAGAACUCUCCCGCUAGCGUUAGCGGCCGAUGUCAUAGGCGCACUCAUGUUACAUACGCGCAAGAAGAGCAACGCGGCGAUAACAUUGGCGACAUACAUCGUCAGCUUCUUGCAGAAAUUGAGGAACGACGUCGAAACCAGGCCCAGCUGCUGGAUAAGUUAAACAGGCUGGCGUCUGAGACGGCUACAAAAUCUAGCAAUGGUGCUGUGGCGGCACCUGAUGUUCCAGCUCCUGUACCUGUGCCAGUUUAUUCAACCGUCAGCACAGGCCCGUCCUCAACCGCCGCGCAGACUUUUUCUCCUCCCGCGCCCUCCAAAGCUCCCCUCUCGCCCCCAUCUCCUCCGCCUAAGCCCUCCGUGCCGAAACCCUCUCUAGUCACCGCGCCCUCAGUGCCAAUCUUUGAGGUCCCGACGUUGCCACUGUCCAUGGAGUCGGAGAUGUACAUCGAACCCGCUGUGCCGAUGGCAGAGGCGCUGCCAUCACCCGCCGAGGAGCAGCCAGCUGCCUUGGAAAAGCCGCCGCCGCUGGCAGGCCCCAACGUGAUGAACGUGGUUAUGGUGGGCGCUGAAUGUGCGCCUUGGUCUAAGACAGGCGGUCUAGGGGACGUCAUGGCGGCGCUUCCCAAGGCCCUUGCUCGCCGUGGCCAUCGCGUCAUGGUGGUGGUACCGCGCUACGAAAACUACCCGAAUGCCUGGGAGACAGGCGUCAGGCGGAUUUACAACGUUUUCAACUCCCAGCAGGAGGUGGGCUAUUUCCACGCCUACGUGGACGGAGUGGACUAUAUCUUUGUGGACCACUCCUCCUUCCACAACCGCGGCAAGAACAUUUACGGGGGCGAGCGCGGCGAGAUUUUGUUCCGCUGUGCUCUGCUCUGCAAGGCCGCUCUGGAGGCUGUGUGGCAUGUGCCCUGCGGCGGCAUCACCUACGGUGACGAGAACCUGUGCUUCAUCGCGAACGAUUGGCAUACGGCGUUGCUGCCAGUGUAUCUUCAGGCGCACUACCGGGACUACGGGAAGAUGACGUACGCGCGUUGCGUGUUUGUGAUCCACAACAUGGCUCACCAGGGCCGCGGUCCGUUUGCUGAGUCCAGUGAGUUGGAGCUGAAUGACGAGUACCGCGAGCGGAUGCGGCUGUAUGACCCGAUCGGUGGCGAGCAUAUGAACGUCAUGAAGGCGGGUCUGGAAUGUGCGCACCGGCUGGUGGCAGUGUCGCACGGCUACGCCUGGGAGUGCCAAACGCCGGAGGGUGGUUGGGGCCUGCACGAGGUGCUCAAGGUGAACAACUGGAAGCUGCGCGGCAUUGUCAAUGGCAUCGACGACCAGGAGUGGAAUCCCGCCUUGGACGAAUUCCUUCAGACCGACGGCUACAGGAACUUCACCUUGGAUACCAUGGUCGAGGGCAAACGGGCUUGCAAGAUGGCGCUGCAGAAGGAGCUGGGCCUGCCUGUGGAUCCGGACGCGCCGCUGCUGGGCUUCAUCGGGAGACUGGACUAUCAAAAAGGGGUGGACCUCAUCCGUGACACGUACGACUACAUCAUGGGGGAGAAGUGCCAGCUGGUGAUGCUGGGGAGUGGCCGCCAGGAUCUGGAAGACGCCUUGCGGGAUAUGGAGAACAGGAACAAGAACCAGUGCCGCGGCUGGGUGGGCUUCUCGGUAAAGAUGGCGCACCGGAUCACGGCGGCGGCGGACAUCCUGCUCAUGCCUUCGCGUUUCGAGCCGUGCGGCCUCAACCAGCUCUACGCGAUGGCGUACGGGACAGUACCCAUUGUGCAUGCUGUGGGCGGGCUGCGUGAUACUGUUAAGCAGUACAACCCGUACGACAACGUCGGCACCGGCUGGUGCUUUGACCGAGCUGAGGCUAACAAGCUGCGUGAGUCGAUCAACAACGCGCUCUACACGUACCGUCAGUUCCGGGAGUCCUUUCAUGGCAUACAGCGUCGUGGCAUGGAACAGGACCUGACCUGGGACAACGCGGCGUCUAUUUACGAGGAGGUCCUCGUGGCCGCCAAGUACCAGUGGUAAUGAAAAGUGGCAGCCUGUGUGGACCUUGGUAGUUACGAUAUAAUAUAGAUACGAGGCCUUGGCAGUUACGAGAGUGGGGUUGGGUCUUAGCGUACGUCGGGUAUGGAGAGGGGGGACGCGGUUGACGAUUGCCCAUUUCCUAUAUUUGCUUGGUAGUGCGAAACCUGUUGAACAUUUUGAAGUUGUAGGCACAAAGCAGGCGCUGCUGGUCAUUAGGCGCUGCCGGUCAUUUGGCACUUCGCCAGUGUAGGUGCGGGCGUUUUGAGGGGUGAAGUCCUGGCGGCCUGGAUCGGUCCAUGAGCGAGAUUUUUCGGGGCUCGGUGAUUUUGGUGGGGAGAGUGGGGAUUUUGCAUAGUGCAAGUGAGUCAUUUGUGACGUAUGUAAGGCGUAGGGGAACUUGGGGAGUUCCGUAUUUCAUUCCAAUUUUUAGCAGAACUGAGAGGAGAGGUUUAUUUGUGCUUGCAGAAUGGUGCAAGCGGGAGGGCUUUAUAAUGCGGUUUUUCGGCGAGGCACGUUGAGACACGAUGGUCGGCAAACUAACUACCGUUCGCGAGAGAAGAUUAUCCUGUUGAACACAUUUUCUAUUAUAUUUGCAAGUAUAACUUGUCCCUAAUCGCAUAUGGACAUAUGCGCGUCGAUAAGUUCGUUGCAUGCACUUGUGGGCCGAUAAGACCUCGUGUUUGGUAAAACCCCGCAUGCAAACAUAUAUAUACAACUCCAGGACAACACUGCAUUCGUCAGAGAGAAUUUCAGGAGUGUUCUGUCGACCGCAACGUACUCCUCAAUUGUAAACAGCUGAACGG